AUGUGGAAACAAUCUAAACAUCGCUCUUUUAACAGGUUCCUAGCACCAUCCCUAGGGAUUGUUUUUCUCUUCUCUAUACAUCUCCUAUGGCUGAGCCCUGUUGCUCAAGCGCCACUUCCCGUCUCUCAGGAUAAUCUCUGGCGAAACCUGCACGCCUUGUUCGAGAAGCAUGCACCGCAAUGCUCGUCUCCCAAUUUACUUGGCCGCAGCGCUGGAAUACCUCGAUUCGAUGCAAAUGAUGAGUCCUCUCGGAUAGACCUUAUAGUCAACUCCGACGAGCUUCAACAGCCGCUGCAGGCUGCGCACGACGGGUUCGUGCGCGACAUGGAGCCGCUCAAGGCCGUUCGUGCAUACCAUCCCCGAACCAAAGGAAUUGUGUCCUCAGCGGGAGGAAAGUACCUGCCCACGUUCCUGGUGACACUGCGCAUGCUACGCCGGACAGGAUCGAAACUGCCCGUGGAACUUUUCGUCAAGGACUGGGAGGAGUACGAGCCGUAUAUUUGCGAGAUUGUACUACCGCCACUGAAUGCAAGAUGUCUCGUCUUGUCAGAGAUGUUGUCAACUAUAGACGGUGGUGAUGCCAGUUAUUCAAUCGAGGGGUACCAAAUCAAGUCCUUCGCCAUCCUGUUCUCCUCGUUCGAAAAACUCAUCUGGAUGGACGCCGAUAUCAUCCCUCUCCAUGACCCAGCUCAACUUCUCGAAUGCGAACCUUUCUCUUCGUCCGGCCUUGUCACUUGGCCGGAUUUCUGGAAGAACACCGCCUCCCCUCUCUACUUUAACAUAUCUCGACAACCCGAACCCCCUAUCAACGCUCGCCAAGCGACAGAAGCAGGCGCAGUACUCGUCUCGAAAAAGACCCACUACAUGACCCUCAUCCUCGCCGCCUACUACAACUACCACGGUCCAUCUUAUUACUACCCUCUUCUCGACCAAGGCGCCCCGGGCGAAGGCGACAAAGACACAUUCAUCCAUGCGGCCACAGCUCUCGGCCAAAAAUACUACACCGUCAGUGAGCCGGUCGCAGAUCUUGGUCACCCCGAUCGCUGGAAUCGGGGCACCAUUGGCGCCGCUAUGUUGCAGGCUGAUCCAAUGGAAGACUAUGCGCUCACGCGUCAUGGCAAAUGGCGGGUGAGAGACCCGUCUGUGGCAAAGCCCGCCCGUGCCUUUUUUGUCCAUUCAUAUGAUCCCAAAUUCAAUGCUGCUACGUUGUUGGCAAGUGAGAAGACACGGACUAAGAAGGGGGAUCCGAGUAGGUUGUGGACGAGCUCAAAGGAGGCGUUGGAACGCUUUGGGUACGAUGCUGAGAGGAGGGUAUGGCAGGAAGUGAAGACGGUAAGCUGUACCUUGGAGCAUGCGUUUGAUGCUUGGAAGACAAAGUCAGGGCUUUGUGAAGGCGUUCAGAAGCAUUGGGACGCUGUGUUUGAGGACGCGUCGGCGGAGGUUCCCAAAUUUACGAUGGACUGA